AUGUUAUUUACUGGAAAAACGAUUCUAAAAAUAAAGUGGGUAAUAGAGAACAACUUAAUCGUGAAUAACCAUACUGAAGGUGUCAAGGAUAGGAUAGAAAUUUUGACGGAAUUUUUUAAUGACCUCCCUAAAAUCGAGUCCCACUAUUGCCGUGCUAGGUCAUCUAAAUUUUGUUUGGAACUUGUUUUUGAAUCGAAAUCCGGCCUGGAUAAGUUUUAUAAGAGCUGGUGUCAUGAAAAAAGUUACACUCCUGUGUCGGAUACGUUAUUUUCUCAUAUUUUUAAUGAUAUGAAUUUGAGCUUGUUUAAACCCAAAAAAGAAGAGUGUGACGUUUGUGUGGAAUAUCACACAGAAAAUGUAUCAGAAGAAAAUUAUGUUUUACACCAGUUUAAAAAAACUGAGUCACGAGAAGCUAAGGAGAAAAAUAAAAUCCAUAAUAAUAGAGUUUUUUGCAUGGGUGUGCAAGCUGUAAUUUUAAGCCCCAAAUCUAAUACAUCGGCUUUAUAUUUUAAAAUGAAACUUAUUACUCAUAACUUUGCCGUGUAUGACAUGAAAACUACAGGUUACAGCUUUUUAUGGCUCGAAGCUGAGAGUGUUUGUGACAUCGAUUAUGCAUCUAUAAUUUGUUACUUUCUUAAAGAUUAUGUGGUGAACCAACUCGAAAAUGACCAAGUUAUCCUGUACAGUGAUGGCUGUACAUCCCAAAAUAGAAACGCUUUCCAAUGCGUUGAAUAA